GACAUGAUUUCUAACCAAUAAACGCGAGUUUCUUUCUACCCCCAACCAGCGGCUGAAGGUUGAAACUUAACAACGUCAUAUGUUAUGGAAGAUGUCAGUAACGAUGUUCACGGCGUCUAAAUCAAAAAUAUUAACCCUCGUGAGAGCGUGCAGUCUGCUGAAAAACGUCAAGGCGAGUGAAGUGAAAUAUCGGCGACCACUUCAAGCUUGCUUUCCGGCAGGGCUUCGGGGCUUCAGCAAUGCCUCCUUACAGGAGAAGACAGGAGUCUCGGGACACUCCGAAGACAAAGUUUAUCUCACAGAGUCCUGCGUCAAGAGGCUGGCAGAAAUAAUGGCGAAGGGCGAGUACCUGAGGAUACACGUGGAGGGGGGAGGCUGCUCCGGAUUCCAGUACAAGUUUUCUGUCGACAGUAACAGGAAUGAAGAUGACAGGGUGUUCGAGCAGGGGGGCGUGGGUGUGAUCGUGGACCAGGACAGUCUGGAGUUCGUGAAAGGAGCCACUGUGGACUUCAGCCAGGAGCUGAUCCGCUCCACCUUCCAGGUGCUGAAGAACCCUCAGGCUGACCACGGCUGCUCCUGCGGAAGCUCCUUUUCUGUCAAACUAUGAUGCUCCAGUCGCUUCUAUUUGACUCUCUGAUUAAAAAACAACACAUAAAAAUAAGGAUUAAGGAAAAAAAAAAAAAAAACUCUUUUACCAUGUUGAUACACCAAAAACAAAAGGUCACUUUGGUUCAUUUGUGGCAAUUAAGAUAAAUUAUCAAUAAAAUACUAUGUUGUACUAUUAUUUCAGUUAAAGGGAAGGUCUAAAAUUACUGGUUAAUAUUUCCAGAUUUCCUCUUUUUGUGUCUUCUUUUCUGGGGUUUAUUAUAUGAAAUGACAGAUAUUUAUUAAUCAGUGAACUAAACUUGAAAAAGUUUACAGAGAUUCACUGAACUUUGACAAAACCUGGUCCUAUGAAACAGAGGCUUGCUUAAAAUUAUAUUAAAUAUUUAUACUUCAGAUCUUCUUUUAAGUCUCAAAUAUGUAAAUAGCCUAUAAGUAUGUCUGUAGAGUUUUAAAGUAUGUGUUUUUCUUUUUAAAUAAAUGAAGUGAAACAUAAAAAUGUAA